AACUCAACAGUCAAGAAUGGACAGCGAUAGCAGCGAUUGUGAAACUGGGAUGUUGAAGAGGGCCCUGCAUGUGGAUCUCCCCGCUGACUUCGACCCAAAUAAGAUCCCACAAAAUGGUGAAGAAUAUCUGCAGAGUGUCAUGUUUGAGACUAAAAUGUGCCAAAAGGUUGUCAUGGUGCCACUCGAUGAGAGGAAAAAGAAAAAUGUCAACUAUACAUUGCCAGUGAGAGAGGAAUGCACCAGAGCCCCAAACGAGUUGAUACCAUCUCUGGAGUGGCAGGAGGAAAAAGUUAAAGACUUUGAGAAGUUCAGGAAAUUCCUUGCGUCCAAGAAUCUCGCCGACGGCAGGUUCGUGGAGAUCAUCACCGACAGGUGGAUACCUACGUUACGCGAGCGCACUCCCCGCUACACGGAAAUCGUCGAGUUCAAUCAACCCUCGAAGAUAAAACUCUUGCAGGUCAUCCUGGACGAAAUAGAGCGAAGUUCCACUUUAGGAUACAACAUGAGCGUGUGGAUCUACGCCAUCCUCGCCACUCUGGAGCUCCCCUUAUUCCCUGAAAUAUGCCAUCAGCUGCGCGAAUUGGCCAGAAAAUGCUCAAAGAUUAGGGCAAACCUGACAACCGGACACAAUGAGGAGACUCUGAAUGAACUGAAUCUCACAAUCUGCUUGGUGGCCAGGUAUUUCAGACAACUAGAUUUAGCGGACGGAGGAUUUUAAUUGAUAAGACUGAUAUAUUAAUAAUUAUGUAUUAUAUAUAAUUAUAUAGGAAUUUAUUUUUGCCAAAUUAUAAUUAUAAGAUAAUAACAAAGUCUUUUUUUAAGCGCGGUAUUGAAUCUAUGGUAGGGAUCAUGUUUAGAAUACAUUGGAACCUCGUUUAACGAGCACCUCUUAUAACGAGUAUUUUGCUUAAAUUAAUUGUAAGAAAAAUGACUCACUUAACGAGUUACGUUUCGUAUAACCAUAUUAUUAAAACUUGUGUAAACAUAUGUUUCACUAUACGAGUAAAAAUAUGGAAAUUUUUUA